CAUAGCCAGCAGCCAGCUUCGGGUGUAGCCUACUCUCAUCCAACUACAGUUGCUAGCUACACUGUCCAUCAGGCUCCAGUAGCUGCUCAUACAGUUACUGCUGCCUAUGCACCAGCAGCCGCCACAGUUGCAGUUGCCAGGCCUGCUCCAGUAGCUGUUGCAGCUGCUGCAACAGCUGCUGCUUAUGGAGGUUACCCCACCGCUCAUACAGCAACAGACUAUGGUUACACUCAGAGGCAACAAGAAGCUCCACCUCCACCACCUCCAGCCACUACACAGAAUUACCAGGACUCAUACUCAUAUGUGAGAUCUACUGCCCCAGCUGUGGCUUAUGACAGUAAGCAGUACUAUCAACAACCAACAGCAACUGCUGCUGCUGUAGCUGCCGCUGCUCAGCCUCAGCCUUCUGUUGCUGAAUCCUACUACCAGACAGCUCCUAAAGCAGGCUAUAGCCAAGGUGCAACUCAGUAUACUCAAGCCCAGCAAACUCGGCAAGUGACAGCCAUAAAACCAGCCACACCAAGUCCAGCAACGACUACUUUCUCCAUAUAUCCUGUAUCAUCCACUGUACAACCAGUAGCAGCUGCAGCUACUGUAGUGCCAUCCUAUACCCAGAGUGCUACUUACAGUACCACUGCAGUUACUUAUUCUGGUACCUCUUAUUCAGGUUAUGAAGCAGCAGUAUAUUCAGCUGCAUCUUCCUACUACCAACAACAACAGCAGCAACAGAAGCAGGCGGCAGCGGCAGCAGCUGCUGCUGCUGCAACAGCUGCCUGGACAGGGACCACCUUUACUAAAAAAGCACCAUUCCAAAAUAAACAACUGAAACCAAAACAGCCUCCCAAACCACCCCAGAUUCAUUAUUGUGAUGUUUGUAAGAUCAGCUGUGCUGGACCACAGACUUAUAAAGAGCAUUUAGAAGGACAGAAACACAAAAAAAAGGAAGCUGCAUUGAAAGCUUCUCAAAACACCAGCAGCAGCAGUACCUCCAUUCGUGGGACUCAAAAUCAACUACGUUGUGAGCUGUGUGAUGUGUCUUGUACAGGAGCAGAUGCAUAUGCAGCACACAUUCGUGGUGCUAAGCAUCAGAAAGUGGUAAAGUUACACACAAAACUUGGCAAACCUAUUCCUUCAACGGAACCAAAUGUUGUUACCCAAGCUACUUCUUCAACAGCUGCAUCUGCUUCUAAAUCAACUGCCUCUACUUCUGGUAUUGCAGCUAGCAACAGUACUGUGAAUUCUUCAGUUGUAACUUCUGCAGUCAAAGUUCUUACACCUGCUACAAACACAGGUCUCAAUACAGCAUCAAACACUAAAGCAUCAACUGUGCCUGCAAGUAUGGCUGCAAAGAAAACAUCUACACCCAAAAUAAAUUUUGUUGGUGGCAAUAAGUUGCCGUCAAUUAAAACAGAAGAUUUGAAAGGUACCGAAAGUAUUAAACCUACCCCUGCCACUUCUGCUGUACAGACCCAAGAAGUAAAAUCGGACCCAUCAGACCCAGUGACGCCCACAACUCUUGCUGCUUUGCAGAGUGAUGUGCAACCAGUAGGCCAUGACUAUGUUGAGGAGGUACGAAAUGAUGAAGGGAAAGUUAUUCGGUUCCAUUGUAAGCUGUGUGAGUGUAGCUUUAAUGAUCCCAAUGCCAAGGAGAUGCACUUAAAAGGAAGAAGGCACAGGCUUCAAUAUAAAAAAAAAGUAAAUCCAGAUUUGCAAGUGGAAGUAAAACCUAGUAUUCGGGCAAGAAAGAUUCAAGAAGAGAAAAUGAGGAAGCAAAUGCAGAAGGAAGAAUACUGGAGAAGACGUGAAGAGGAAGAACGCUGGAGAAUGGAAAUGAGACGCUAUGAAGAAGAUAUGUACUGGAGAAGAAUGGAGGAAGAACAGCAUCACUGGGAUGACCGCCGUCGAAUGCCUGAUGGAGGAUAUCCACAUGGUCCUCCAGGGCCACUGGGCCUCCUUGGGGUCAGACCAGGAAUGCCACCUCAGCCUCAGGGACCUGCACCUUUACGCCGUCCUGAUUCAUCUGAUGACCGUUAUGUAAUGACAAAACAUGCAGCUAUAUAUCCAACUGAAGAAGAGUUACAGGCAGUUCAGAAAAUUGUAUCUAUCACUGAACGGGCUCUCAAACUUGUUUCAGACAAUAUGUCUGAUCAUGAAAAAAGCAAAAGCAAAGAAGGUGAUGACAAGAAAGAAGGGGGUAAAGACAGAGCUUUGAAAGGAGUCUUGCGAGUAGGAGUAUUAGCAAAAGGAUUACUUCUCCGUGGAGAUAGAAACGUAAACCUUGUUUUACUGUGCUCAGAGAAACCUUCCAAGACAUUACUGAGUCGUAUUUCCGAGAAUCUUCCCAAACAGCUUGCUGUUAUAAGUCCUGAGAAGUAUGACAUAAAAUGUGCUUUAUCUGAAGCCGCGAUAAUACUGAAUUCCUGUGUGGAACCCAAAAUGCAAGUUACUAUCACGCUGACAUCUCCAGUUAUUCGAGAGGAAAACAUGAGGGAUGGAGAUGUAACCUCGGGUAUGGUGAAAGACCCACCGGACGUCUUGGACAGGCAAAAAUGCCUUGACGCUCUGGCUGCUCUACGCCACGCUAAGUGGUUCCAGGCUAGAGCUAAUGGUCUCCAGUCCUGUGUGAUUAUCAUACGUAUUCUUCGUGACCUCUGUCAGCGAGUUCCAACUUGGUCUGAUUUCCCAAGCUGGGCUAUGGAGUUACUAGUAGAGAAAGCAAUCAGUAGUGCUUCUGGACCUCAGAGUCCUGGGGAUGCAUUGAGAAGAGUUUUUGAGUGCAUUUCUUCAGGAAUUAUUCUUAAAGGUGGUCCUGGACUUCUAGAUCCCUGUGAAAAGGACCCAUUUGAUACACUGGCUACAAUGACUGAUCAACAACGGGAAGAUAUUACUUCUAGUGCUCAGUUUGCUCUGAGACUCCUUGCAUUCCGUCAGAUACACAAAGUUCUAGGUAUGGAUCCUUUGCCUCAAAUGAACCAGCGCUUCAAUAUCCACAACAACAGAAAACGAAGAAGGGACAGUGAUGGAGUCGAUGGAUUUGAAGCUGAAGGAAAAAAAGACAAAAAAGAUUAUGAUAACUUUUAAAAAGUUUUUGUAAAUCUUCAGUGUUAAAAAAAAAAAAAAAACAAAACAAAACGGUGUGCCCAGUUGUUGGCUGUUUUUCAUUCAUAAUAAUGUCUACUUUGAAAUGCUUUUCAAAAAGUUAGAGGGUUAAUUUUAUGGAAAGAACCAGGUGUUUCUGUGAAUUUAAAAACUUUUAACGAAUGUACAGUGUUAGGUAUUUUAUGAAUGGAAAGACACCAAAAAUAUUUGUACUCAAAAUAAGGGGGAGGGCUGGUAAAAUAAGUUUAGUUCAGAUUUUUGCCAUUAUUUUACUCUUACUUUACUAGCUACUUGUUAGAGAUUCCCCCCAUCUCUGUGUCUUUUAUUAACUAAUGCAUUGUCUUCUUAAAUCUUAACUGUAUUUAAUGCAGCAUCCGUGCUUCUGUUGCUACAUGUAUUUUGAUAUUUUUAUUUAGAGGUUUUGUUUGCUCUUUGACACUAGUUGUAAGUUACUUUGUGUUAUAGGUAAUAUACAGCUCCCCUCUCCCCUUAAUAUUUUACAGCAGAACUUUUUUUUGUAAAGUGAGACUGCAGAAUUUUUUUUUGUUUGUUUGUUUCUUUUGUUGUUGUUCUAUAUGUGAAGGAUUACAACACAAAAAAGUUAUCUGCCAUUUAAGUGCUCAGAAAUGAAUAUUUCUGCAGAUCUUGUGGCAUUUGUCUCUUUAGUGUGAUAUAAAGGUGUAAUUAAGACAGAUUUCUGUUAUUCUAAUCAAGUUUGCUGUUAGUUGUGCAUUAGCAGUAUAAAAGCUAAUAUAUACCGUAUGGUCUUGCAACAGUUUUAAAGCAUCUGCAUAAUUGAUAAUAAAAGUGCAUGACAUUUUUGUUUUUAAUAGACGGACUUUAAAAACUAUCAUUUUAGGUUUAUUGCGUAGAUCUUUGUACAAUUGACUUUUGACAUAGCAAGGCCAAAAAAUAACUUUCUGAACAUUUUCUUUUGUGCAUGUUGAAAGGGCAUUUUCACAUUUAAGUGGGCUAACAUAUAUUUUCAAAGAACUUUAUCAGUGUGGACUAACACCCAUAAUUAGCCCUUAAUUAUGAUGGAACUUUCUCUUAUUGGUGCCUGUGAGGUUAUUCUAGCAACUAUUUCACUAUAACACAGUUCAGUGAUUUUCUCCCUCAUGCCCCAAUAAUUUGCAGGCUGUUAAAGUAAGGUUGAUAAAAUAUUUAUUGGACAAAAAAAAGUAACAUUUUUAUCAAAGAAAAACCCAGAAAAUUAUUUGAUAUGGCCAUCUUAUAUGCUUAUGUCACCUUCAAAAAGCUAAAUAUUUUAGCAGUGGUGUAAUGAAAGUGACAUCGGAUUGUUGAUGUAUGCUCUGGUACACAGGUGUCAUUUUGUUGUCACAGCACUACAGUGAAAUACGCAAAUAAAAACUUAAAUUCAUUUAAUGAGUUAAAUUCAUUAUAUGUUAGAACUGACACUUUAGUAGUUCUGUUUGGUCUACACUAUCUAGGUCAAGCUAUAUUAAAACUCAAGAAUUGGCAUUCACCCAAUAUUCUAUUUCUAGUUCAUAGUAUUCCUGGAAUGUUUUUAAAAUUAGUUAUUAAUAUUGGAGAUUUCUGAAUUUUUGUUUUAUUAUUUAGGUCUGAUUUUGUUAUUUGAUUUUAGAUUUGAGGCUGCCCCAAAUUUUUUGAGAGGCUGAACAGUAUAACAGGGGGAAAACACUAGACAAGAAGUUGAGACUCAAUUUCUAGUCUAGACUCGUCCACAAAUUAACUGAAUAACCAUGGAUACUUCUUCACCUGUCUGCCUCAGUUUCUUCAAUAAUAGGGUUGGAUUCGAUCCUCAGCUUAUCUGCCCUUUUCCAGCUCUAGAACUAUGGGUGAACUUCUGUUUUGCCCUUCCUACAUCUCUUGAAGGUGCAGAGAGGUUCAAAUGUAUUUUCAGUUCUCUUGUAGAAAUUUUGCACUUAAUUCAGGUUAAUCUGCAGUUGUAAGUGGAAUGUCAGGGCUGUAGGUCCUAUUUAAAAUAGAUCCACUAUUUAACUCCUUUAUGAUCUUUUCUUUAAAAAUUUUAAAUGUCCUUAUGUGAAUAAUCAUUUAGAUUCUUGUGUCUUUGACCAGCUUAAGUAAUUAUGAUUAGCACAUGAGAAUUAACUAGCCAUGGUUUUGUUAGGACACAAAAUAUGAUGAAGGCCGACAAUCAGUUUGCUGCAUGUGUGGCUUCAUAGAUGUCUACUUUUAAAUUCUAUAUAUGGCCGAUAGUACCAUAUAAGCAUAGUUAUUUGAAAGAAAAACUACUCUAGAAAAGAAGUUGUUGCAUUUGUGUGUGUUUUUUUUUUUUUAAUAGUUCAGUAAUACUUGAAGACUACCAUGGGAAGUUUUGAAUCAAAAGAAGAUAGGACAUGAUAUUUAAAUACUCUUGAGAUUAGCUAUUUUUAACAUGUUUGAUAAAUGAAAUGUUUAUCAGUAUAGUCACUUCUCAUAUGUCCAUGUGAAUUCUAAUCUAACUUUUCCUUUGAUAUUUCAGUAUGCUUUUGAGCUUCUGCUCUCCAUCUCCCCUUGUUACUAUAUGUCCAGUUGUGUACAUUAAUUUUAAUAGCUGUAAAGAACUAGUUAGGAAGGUGAAUAUCAUUCCCACCCCCAAAUUCUAUGAUGCAAAUCAAAACAAAAUGAUCUUUUCAUAUUUGUAUUACUUGGCUCAUCUCCAUAACUUUGAGUAAUCAAGUUAAUGGUAUUUUGCAAAAUUCAAUGAGGGAGUAUUACUUGACUUUUGUAUGUAAAUAAAUGAAGUCA